AUUGAAAUAUUGCAUAGACAUCGUCAGGUGUUUAAGUACAGUCGACUGGGUCUAAAAUUUCAUUUUUGGGUCAACAAAAACAACGAAAUAAUAAUAAUAAGUAAAAGCAAUCGAAACAAAUUUUGUCUCGAUCCCAAUUGAAAUUCAAAAUUUGUCGCAAUCACAACAAUCAGUUCGGACACCAAAAUUGGCACACCCGGUUCCGGCAACAAAUACGCAACUCUGGGCGUUUUGAUCGUGGUGACAAAGAGAAGAGAGAAGAACAAGUAUAACAGAAGAAUUGCAAUUGGAAUUGGAAAUUAUUCAAGAUAUAUAUAUUGUGUAUUGUGGGAGUGAGAAGUGCCAGGUUCAGUGGAUCAGUGGGCAGAUCAAGAUCGUUCCAACGGCGUCCCAAACGUUAGCCCGACAGCCGCCGACCGGCAAGCCCGGCCAAAAGCCAUCUGAAAUGGCCGAGGUACUUAAUCUGGACAAUAUUAUAGCACGGCUGCUCGAGGUACGCACCGCACGGCCCGGCAAGAACGUGCAGCUAAAUGAAACGGAAAUCCGAGGAUUAUGCUUGAAGUCACGUGAAAUAUUCUUGGCGCAACCGAUACUAUUGGAAUUGGAGGCACCAUUGAAAAUCUGUGGUGAUAUACAUGGCCAAUAUUAUGAUCUGUUGCGCCUGUUUGAGUACGGCGGAUAUCCGCCCGAGUCCAACUAUCUGUUCCUCGGCGACUACGUGGAUCGCGGCAAGCAAUCGCUGGAGACAAUCUGUCUGCUGCUCGCCUAUAAGAUCAAGUACUCGGAGAACUUCUUUCUGCUGCGCGGCAAUCACGAGUGCGCCAGCAUCAAUCGCAUCUAUGGAUUCUACGAUGAGUGCAAGCGUCGCUAUAGCAUCAAGUUGUGGAAGACAUUCACCGAUUGUUUCAACUGUCUGCCCGUUGUGGCGAUUGUCGAUGAGAAGAUCUUUUGCUGCCACGGCGGACUGAGUCCCGAUUUGACUUCUAUGGAGCAAAUCAAACGGAUUAUGCGACCCACUGAUGUGCCCGAUCAGGGACUACUGUGCGAUCUGUUGUGGUCCGAUCCGGACAAGGACACCAUCGGUUGGGGUGAGAACGAUCGCGGUGUUAGCUUCACAUUUGGCGCCGAAGUUGUUGGCAAAUUUCUGCAGAAGCACGAUCUGGAUCUGAUUUGUCGUGCCCAUCAGGUGGUCGAGGAUGGUUACGAGUUCUUUGCCAAACGCCAGCUGGUCACACUCUUUUCCGCGCCCAACUAUUGCGGCGAAUUCGACAAUGCUGGCGCCAUGAUGUCCGUGGAUGAGACGCUCAUGUGCUCCUUCCAGAUCCUGAAGCCCGUCGAGAAACGUAAGAAAUAAGCCAAGCAGCAGCAUCCUUAGCCAUCUUUAGCGUUCCCAUCUCAAAAUUGUUAACUUGUUCCCAAAAACAAUUACACAUCCACAUACAUAUACAUAUAU